UCUGUUGUCCACGCAACUAUCCUUUCCAGCAGCAAACCCCACCCCACUCCACCUCAUCGUUUCUUCGCUUUUAAAAGUAACAAUGCACCAUUUUCCAACAUCUUUACCCACCGACAUUGUUUAUUCAAUCUUUAAAUACCUCGACCAAGCCGACUGUGUUGAGUGUAUGCGUGUGUGUCGCCAGUGGUAUUUCGAGAUUCCUAGUUACGCGAUCCACCUGUGGGAACAGCUGCUCAUUUCACCUGAAUCUUGGCAAGCAUCUAAUGAGUGUAUGCUCAGCUGCCUUGGGCCACAAGUACAAAAAGUAACUCUUGACCGUUUGAAUGCAUGUAGCAUAAUAAACAAACUCAGGAAGACGGGUUGCGAAAUUACUGUGCUCGGUUAGUAAUGUUAACGUCACCCACACUCUUCGGAACAUACAGCGAUUAUCACUUGCUGGUGAUCACUCUUCCAAGGAUGCGAAACUUCUUGGUGCAAUUGAAC